UGAUAUUUUAUCACAACUUGUGAAUUGCUCUUUAAAAACACUUGGACUAAUUUCAACCGCUCGACCAAGCUUCAUGGAUUUACCUAAGAUGAUACGCCAGUAGAUGAUCCGUCCCUCAAAGUACUAGUGGCUAACAACAGUGAUACGCUCAAGCUAUUAAAAAUGAGCAGUUGUCCUCAUGUUUCUCCUGCAGGUAUCCUUUGCGUGGCUGACCAUUGUCAUGGUUUACGUGAGUUGGCACUGAACUACCAUCUCUUGAGUGAUGAGCUUCUGCUUGCUUUGUCUUCUGAGAAACACGUCAGAUUAGAACAUUUGCGCAUUGAUGUAGUCAGUGAGAAUCCUGGACAGACUCACUUCCACACAAUUCAGAAGAGCAGCUGGGAUGCUUUCAUCAAGCAUUCUCCCAAAGUAAACUUAGUCAUGUACUUUUUCUUAUACGAAGAGGAGUUUGACCCAUUCUUCCGUUAUGAAACCCCUGUCACCCACCUUUACUUUGGGAGGUCAGUAAGCAAAGAUGUACUUGGUCGUGUUGGAAUGACAUGUCCUCGAUUAGUUGAACUGGUUGUAUGCGCCAAUGGAUUACGGCCACUAGAUGAAGAGCUUAUUCGUAUUGCAGAACGCUGUAAGAAUCUGUCAGCUAUUGGCCUAGGGGAGUGUGAAGUCUCGUGCAGUGCCUUUGUUGAGUUUGUGAAGAUGUGUGGUGGCCGCCUCUCUCAGCUGUCUAUAAUGGAAGAAGUCUUGAUUCCUGAUCAGAAGUACAGCUUGGAGCAGAUUCAUUGGGAAGUGUCAAAGCAUCUUGGUAGAGUCUGGUUCCCAGACAUGAUGCCCACGUGGUAAAGUCCUUAGAGACUUCAGGGCAUGUGAAAUAGCACCUUACUUUUGAGAAUACCAUAUUGCAACUUAUCACAAUCUUAUUUAAUAUUAUAAUUUUUAUUGUAAUGUCACUGCUUUGAUUAGAAAAUGGAUGUCAUGUUUAGCAUUAAUUUCUGAAAGCCACAUUUUCUAUGCUUAAACCUGGAUAUUCCAGAAAACACUUUCAUUCUAAUAAAAUUAGUCUGUUUUUAGGUUUUCUCACUUUGCCAUUGACAAUGACCCUAAAUUUAUGUAAAUAAAAUUUGAAAACAUUGACAAAUUUAAAAGUUGUGGUUGCAAAAUAUUAACUACGAAUUACAAUAUUUUAUCUGUUACUUUGAUAUAGAUAUUAAUAGUGAACAGACUGAUUUGUAUUGACUUACAAAGGGAGGUGAGAUUGAAUGCUUUUACUGUAGACUAUAGCAGUUACCUAGGGUUUAAAUUACAUGAACUGCCUGAACUACAGAAUUUUUUUUAAGAUUAUAUGGAGCAUUUACUAGGCUAUGAAACUCAUACAUUACAUAGUAGUAAAUUAAGAGGCAAGACAACAGAAGUAUUGUUUAGACACUUUUAAAAAUAUUAAAUUUGCUACUUGUUUAAUUUCUGAUGAGUAAUUUGCACACAAUGUAUUUUAUAGAUGAGGGUUACCAAAAGCUUUUUUUCUCUAUGCAUUUUUCUAAUGUAAACUUGACAUUUUCUAGGGUCUUCAGAGCCAUUUCUAAACUUGUUUUAAAAUAUUAAUUAUAGCUCAGAAAGCUGAAGUAUUCUGGAAGAAAUUGUAGAUAUACUAUAUUUUGACACUGGUUGGAACUGACAGGCUUUUCUCAAAAGUUAAAAUCAGUCUUCCAGCAUUUGAUUAGCUGGACUACUGCAUAUAUUUCUAGAUAAGAGGAAGCUAAAAACAUGCAGAGAAACGUUUAAAUGUAAUGACUGUCUAAAGAGAAUAGAGCAGAGUGAACACUGAACUUUAAAAGGAAUCUAAGGAGCCAUUUGACCCAAAAAAAAACCAUCUUGGAAGACCCAUUAAUUGCUUGCAAAUUUAAGAGAAAAAUGGCUUUGUAACUAAAUUGCCUAAACUAUAUUUUUAUUAUUAUUAUAUAAAUUGCUAUUCUGUAAGUCUAGCUUCAGAAAUAUUCAUAUAUGAAGUGACUGAUAGCUAUCCAUUUUUUGUAUUCCUUUAUUUCAACUAGUUUCAGAUCAUUUCAUAUUUAAAACUCAGAGCAUCAAACCUGUGUGAAAUAGAGCAAUAUGCAGAAAUUAGAUGUACAAUUUCACAAAAGUACGAUUUAUGAAUUGUUUUGAUCAAAGAAAAUGUUAGCCUACAGUGAACUUUGGUGGCAUGCUUUCCAUUUUUGGGUUGUACAGUUAGCUCUUGUAAUAAAUUAACUAGAUUUUGUUUACUUCUAAUGUUCAUUUUGCUUCAAAUGUAUAGUUUGAGGAUAAACUGUAAAAUUUAUAAUAUGGGCAUAUUUAACUUUAUAAUGUUUUUCAGCAAGCAUUACUCAGUGGACUGACAUCUUAACAGUAAAACUGUUUCUGUAGAGAUUUGUGUUUAAGAAUCAUUCUAUUGAGUAGUUAAUUUUUUUGUAUUAGAAUUUGUUAAAAUAUAGCACUAAAAUUGCUUUUAUUUGUACAAAGGUGUCAGUAUACUUAACAUUUUCUUUUACAAAGACUAAGUUUGAUGUUUUAAUAUUUGAUAUUUCUUUGCCUUUA